UCAGAAUAGCUUCGACCGACGAGCGGAACGGACGUAUACGGAAUUUUAGAAUCACGGAAAAUCGCGAGAACCUGAGAGAGAGUGACCGAAGAAAAUUCCGCGGCGGGGCGGACGAUCGAGUGUGCAUAGGAAAAGUGCAAUGGCGUAUCGGGCAGAGUAAACAAACAAGGCCCGAUUUAGCGAUAUCGAGAUGGACUGGGACAAGCCGCCGCCACCUCCGCAACCACCACCGAAACCCCGACGAACCCGAUCCCGGCAGAAUGUCCUGCACUACGAAUCCCUGCCCACCGCUCCGCCGGCGAUGUGUGGCCGCACGGGAAACAUCUUCCAGUUUCCGGCCGUGGCCUCUCCCCGCAAUCUCUCCGCCUCCCCCAAGUUCGAGCGGCGGGAGGCCAAGGAUCUGCCCGUUUGCGAACUGGGCAAGCACUCCUGCUCCAAGUGCCAGCCCUAUAGAGCGGAUCGGGGCACCAUUGAACCGCUGAAGACGCGCCUCAAUUCCGCCAUCGAAGCCAUGGACGAACUGACCCGCACAUACCACCUGCGAGGGUUCCUGGAGCACCGACUGGCCACCAUCGCCGACAACGAGGCGGGCGAACGGGAGGCGGAACUGGCCGCGUUGGACGAUGAUGUGCCCUCCACUAGCCAAGCUAUCCGGCAGCGUCCACCCACUAAGCCACCACGCUCCAGCAAUGACCACCAGUUCGAGCUGGAGCACUCGCUCACCUGGCUGGAGUCCCUGAUGGGCACUGAGGUGACUCCGCCCUUCAAACAGGGAAAGUUUAAGCGUAUUCGCGAGCGUAGCAAGUCCAUGAUGGACGAGGACCUCAAUAUGUUCAUGAAGGGCGAUCGUCCCGGCUUGAAGCUCAGCGCUUCGAAACCGUAUCUCUUGAGACGGCAGAGCACCUACAGCGACAACAAGGCAAAGGUUUCCAAGUGGACCAAGGUGAAAGCGGCCUUUAAGUGGGAGCGGGCCAAUGUGCCACCUUCGGGUCCAGGAGCUCCGGAAACCAAUGUUCUAAUGCUCAACCACGAGGUGGAGAGAUACCUCAAGGUGCCCAUUAGUACGGCGGCUGGAAGCAGUUCCGCGGACAGCAUCAUCAGUUCCUCCUCCGGCCAUAUAAUGAGUGACGGGGGGACACCUGGAACCAUCAGUUCGGCCAGCUCCAUGGAUGAUCUGGAGGCGGCCAGCCGACAGAGUUAUCGUCGCGAUUCCUCCAAGAGUGAUACUCGCUGCGAUUCCCGCACCUCCAACUUUGAGGUGGAGCUGCGAAAAUCCGCCACGGAUGAGCGUCUGGACAACAUAAAAUCCUCCGCCCCUCCAUUAGCAGCAAAGUCCUCUUCCAGCAAAUCACUGCGAAGAUCCAAGGCCUUUUCCGACUUUGAGGUCCUUCCCGAGGAUCAUGUAGCGGAGAUUAAGGCCACCAGCAGCAGGCGCCAGAAGUUGCCACCGAGUCCACUGAAUCUCAACCAGGUUAAUCAGAUGUACAGUGAUCUGCCACAACUGCACUCUCCCCUGAAGAGUCCAAAGGAUUCGCGCAUGCGUCGUGUCCACUCGCCGGGAACCUCCUCCGUGCCCAGCAGUCCUUCCAGGCAUUCGGAUUUCUUUGGUGAAUUUGAGAGCGAGGAUCUGUCCAGUGGCGAUUUCUCGGAGCCCACUACGCCAAACUAUUCGGAGUUUAAGCACAAGCAACGCGAGUUAGAGCGUUCCAGCGCCAGCAAUCGCAGUAUCAAACUGGGCAGCGGAGCAGCAACUGGAGGAGGAACUGGCAGUGGAAAGAGGAGCAGCGAGGAGCAUUCGCCCACCCAACUGCUGCAUAACGAACUCAUGUCCACCGCCCAGCUGGAGCAGAAUCUUACGCCGCAGUUCAAGAAGAAGCUGCACAAGUGGCGGGUGAAGCAGCAGAAUUGCUCGGGAGGAUCGUACACCUCCUUGGAGCCCGCGGCCAGUCCUACGGCCAAGAGCCAAAGUGGCGAGGUCAAGCCCAAGAUCGACUGGAACCUGUGGAGCAUGGGUCAGCUGAAACUGGAGGGCCAGGGUCUGUGUGCCUUGCCCGAUCAGAAGGAUUUGCCCGAGAAGUUCCAGAAGAAGUUGGAGCAAUGGAAUCGUUUAAAGUGUGCUCCUGGCGGUGGCACCACCUCAGACAAUGACUCCCUGAAACGUGGAUCCAAACACAGUCAGUCCACGAGAAGAGGAUCGGAUGAUGAUCGAUGGUACAAGCACAGGCCGCACGACAAAGAGAAAUUGUCCCGCCUCAAGGCGAUUGUGGUACCGGAUCACACCAAGAAGAUCGAGGUCAAGACUUCGGAUGGCGAGGUGAUGAAGUUCGAGGGCAUCUCGAGGAAGUUCACCAGGAAGCUGUACGAGUGGGAGAAAGCCAGGGGCAUUGGGCCAGAGGCCUCGACCUUUGCCCUGCUGCAUCCGGGCUACUGUCCCAUAGAUGUGAGGCGGAUUAACAAGGAUUGCAAUAAAGUGGCAGCGGAUCACUCGCCCACGCUCAGCAGGUCUUCCCUGGACAGCGUAUCGCCCAACUGCAAUCUGGCCCAGGCCAUCUCCCAGCAGGCUUCAUCCCUGUCCCUGAACGACGUCAACGAUCUGAAGGAGAUCGAGGACAGUACCGAUGCCCUCACCGAUCACGAGUUCAAGAAGUACGACGAACCGGAGGCGGUCAUGGUGGAGGUGGAGGAGCACAUCCACGACACCGCCUCGCCACUGGUCACCGCCCACUCGCUGGUGGAGCACCAGACGCCCAUUUACAAGUACGAGGAGGUGCAGUGCAACGACUAUGUCAACUCGCGUCGCGUCCAGAGCUUCGAGUCGCACACAAAUCUGGCGCCUUUGCUGGGAGCACUGAAACGUGCCGAUGAGCUGUUUGGCCAGCUGAAGAAUGCCUCACCCGAUCUGCUGGAACACCCGUCCAUGCGGGACUGCCAGGCCGCAUUGCUGAGCAUUCGUGGCAUUUAUCCAUACUACUCCAAUAACUUGAUGAAGGCGGGCGUGCUCAACGCCAUAUCCGAUGUCCAGAGCGAACUGGGACGACUGGCCGACUUGAGUCUAAAAUCGCCGUUGGAUGAGGCCUGCUGCCAGGAAACGAUGCAGGAGCGCACACUAGAAUAUCUGGAGGAGCUCCAAGGACUGCAUGAAUCCCUGCAGUGUCUCAAGCUGAGCAUACAGGGCGGAACGAAUCGCUAUCCCCGGGACAUUGUGCCGGAUAUCAACAUCACCAGCGAGGAUGGUCAACAGUUGGAUUCCAGUUCCGCCUAUGCCACCUGCGACAAUUCCAGCCGAGAUCGUCUGGCCCAUGACGACAAUAGUGCCAGUGCUGCCUCGCCCAUGGAGCACGAAACGGAGACCAGCACCACGACGGGCACUUUGUGCCGCUCCAGCUUGCCCACCGUAGUUGCCCAUCCUAGUGGCAAUGGGGUUACCAACGGAAUAGCCAAUGCAAAUGCCUGUGCCAAGAAGAAACUGCUGCGCCUGCGCAAAAUGGGUUCCCGGCAGAACAGCAAGACGGAGAGCGAUAGCAGCGAUGCGGACACCCACUCUGUUAUGGAAACACCGCGUCGGUUGCGCCGCAAGAACUUCCGGCUGAAGCAGCGCUCCUUGGACGACGACUUCCGGUUGAGUUCGACGACCAAUGAACAGGAGAUGGCCACUGCUGGUGGGGAUAUCGUCUACGGUUCGCUGAAGGUCAAGCCGGGGGAACUCAUCGAGCAGAGUCAGUGUGUGGCACCUGCUCCUUCUAUCUCUUCGUCGGCAUCCACCACUCCUCUUACUUCAACCACUCCGUCGUCCACAAUUACUCCACCCACCAAACUGGGUGCCUUUAUUCCUCCUCCCUUGCCGGAGCCCAAUCGAGCUUACAACACCAAUGCCAAUGUGUUUGUGAAGACCAAGCGGAAAAUCUUCACCACCAUCCCAGAACCAAGUGCCUCCGAGGGCAUAGCUGUGAUCGCAAAGGAACUGGACAGCCCCACGGAGGAAAGGUCAGAUAAGUUGGAGAAAUCGGAAAAGUCCAAGUGCCUUCCCAGGCCACUCAGUCUAUAUAAGUCCAUUAGUUUGGAACGCUUAAAGCAGCCGCCCGUGAAAGAGGACUUGCGCAAAUGCCAGAGUAGUGAGGCCUUCCAGCGGGGAUCUCUCUUCGUCCCGCCUCCACUAGCCAGCGAUAGCAUGGAGAGAUUGGCUGAGUCCAAGAGAAAUCAUGAGCUAAGCAACCCCCCAGUUCCACCAAGGAAAGCUCAUCUUUACAAGAAGAACUCGCUGCACAAAUCGCACAGUGCGAAUGCUAGCAACAGGAUUGAGCACAAGAUAGCCAAGACCAGCUCCGGACCCAGCUUCUCCAGGGUGCAUCCUCCACCACCGUCACCUGUUCCUUUGAACCUGCAUAAGGAGGAUAACACUUUGCCAAGGAUCCAGCGAAAACAUCCCAAUACGCCCACCAAGGAACAGUUUGAGUUCCCACCUCCGCAAAGUCUAACCCUAGAUCGCCCAGCUACUCCUCUUUCGGAGAGGGCCAGACGCCUCCAGUUGGCCAAGGCGCAGUUCCUGCAGAGUGCUCCGGUUACUCCUCGCCAGGAACCCCAAACACCCAGCAAGGCAACGAAUUCAGUGGUGCUCCAAAAAAGCAUCAGUGCGGGCAGCAUGAGGGGAGGAGGAGGAGCAGCUGCCCAGGAGGCCAACAGACAACAGCAUUAUCACGAGGUAUCUACGGAUCAGGAGAGUGUGGGCACUUCCAGUGCCUACGACAGUUUGCCACGAGCCGUCAGUCGGAGUGCCAAGAUUUCCAGUAAACUGGGAUUCGCCACUCUCACCUCAAAGUUACGAAGGGGCAACAAGAAGCCCAAGGAUCCACCUCCAAGUCCGGGAAGCGCUCUAUCCGCCCUUUGUCGGCAAACCCUGAUGGCCGAUGUCAUACCACAGGCUUUUGGGGCGGAGAAGCCACCACCCAGUCCCACGGGACGGAAUGUCUCAAAGUCCCAGAGCACGCCACAGGCUGCAGGUCCUUCGACCAUCAAUAACGAAGGAAUAAACAAGUCCCUAAGCGAGCAGUAUGUGCGCCAGCUGAAGGAGAGCGACGUCUAGUCAGAGUCCCCAGUCUCAAGUCCAGAAUCUAGUCAUAGCAGUAAUCUAUAAAGUCGAUGUGCGAGAUAAAUGAGUGCAUUUUAUGAACAAUUAAAAAAAUAUAUGGAAAAAUAAUUAACUUUAUCGAGCUUUUUAAAAAAACGAAAACGAAUGGCAACCAUGUAAAACCAAAAUAAAAGAUACUCAACGAGCCAUUCACGAACAAAAAUAUUGUAAAGUCAAACAUAAAGAAAAUAUAUCUUCAGGUGUAGUUACUAAAAUACUUUUUUUUACCUCCCACGAAAUUGAAAAUUUUGGAAUGGCAUUUUAGGUUCAUUUUGUUUUUAUAUCUAACCAGAAAUAUAUGUAAAUUAAACAGAAAGUCACUACUGUUCCUUCUGUGCAAUAAAUUAAUGGAAUUGUG